ACAGGAAGGAAUCAAUUGGUUUCCCUUUGAGUGACCACGCUUAGUCAUGACGAAAACGACGGCACUUCCUCCUGAGGCCUAGCUGGGUUCCUUUUGUUGUCGUCGGAGUCGUGGGGAGGCGGCUUUUUGUUAUUGAGAUUUUCUUUUCAGUUUUAUUUGUAGCCAUUCGCCUGUUUUUUACGACCGCCAAUUGCCUUGUUUGUCCGGCUAGCCGCCAGUUGUAAAUAUAUGCUGCGGCAGUGAGUCAGGCAGGCGCGGGCCAAAGUCGGGUAAUUAGCGAUCUCCACUCAGGUAGGCACUCCCAGGUAUCGCCUCCUGGCCAAGGCCGUCCUCUGCUGCCUGGUUAGGGAGUUACGAACGCAUCAAGAAGCCAUUAGCAGCGGAUUAGCGAGGUGAUCUAACGGCUAGCUGAUCAUCCAACCCGUCACUUUGCCAGGAAGCUGGUGACACUCAUCCUCGGUCGGGAUGGUCGGUUUUCACACACAGCGAGAAAUGGCGUUGAAAUUGAUGUGACUAAUUUACGCUGUAAGUAGCCGUCUUCGUGCGUGUUUCCCAGUUCCCAGUUCCGCCCUUAUCACUCUAUGUUCUAAAGAACAAAUUUCAUUUCGCAUAAACGUAUUCUUACAUUUGCUAAAUACAAAAAAAUGGGUAACUUUAAUUUAAAUGUUCAUGGAAAAUGUUUUUCAAAUUAAAUCGACUCCAUUUUAAAAUUGCUUCUCGUUCCACGCUGGUUUCAACGCUUCUUGAGAUUUAUGAGUCCAAGUCGAAUGGCAGCAAGCUGAUGAUAAGCGCCCUUUUCGGAUUAGAUAAACCUCGUCGGGUCGACCGGAAACCGGACGGCAAUUCCAUAGUUCCAUAGGGACUGGUAAAGAAAAAGCGAAAAACAAAAAAGAAAACGCAACCGAAUGCAUAUCAGAAAGCAGAGCACUUAAAGUGAAAUGUCAGCUCAUUGUUCGGCGGAAAAGCUAAACGGUCUUUGAAUUGUGACCGACACACACCACACCAACCCAUCCGAUCGUAUGCAUUAUGCAGAUCUUGUCCAGCUCCAGCUCCAGUUUCAAGUUCAAUACAAAGUUCACACCACACAGCUGUCGACAGUGAAUGACUCUGCGGUCAACGAAAGAGAUUCCGAUUUCGGGGCAUGGUAUCUGGAUACUCUAUCUGUCGUUGAGGUGCGGCGCAUCCAGAACGACGGCUACAACGUGGAGCGCCACUCGGUGACGACAAAGGACGGAUACGUGCUCACCCUGCACCGCAUCCCGCAGGUGGAUCCCGAGCUGGGCAGUCUGCUGCGGCGCCCUGUCGUCUUCCUGCUCUCCGGACUCUAUGCCUCAUCGGAUGUGUGGCUGCUGAACGGCCGGGAGGACUCCUUGGCCUACCUCCUCUGGCGAGCAGGAUACGAUGUGUGGCUGGGUAACAACAGAGGCAACAUCUACUGCCGGAAGAACAUGUGGCGAAACACCACAGAGCGGGAGUUCUGGGACUUCAGCUGGCACGAGAUGGGCGUCUACGACCUGCCAGCCCAGGUGGACUACGUGCUGCGGACAACCGGGCAGAAGGCGAUGCACUUCGUUGGCAUCUCGCAGGGCGGCACCGUCUUCCUGGUCCUUAAUUCGAUGCUGCCGCAGUAUAAUGCCGUCUUCAAGAGUGCCACCCUACUGGCCCCAGUGGCCUAUGUGAGCAAUACAAAGAGCGGGCUGGCCAAGGUCAUUGGCCCAGUCCUCGGCACCCGGAACUAUGUCUCUAAGAUGCUCGAGGGCGUCGAGAUGUUCUCCACGAACAAGUUCUUCAAGAAGUUCCUAUCGAUGACGUGUCUGGAGAACGAAAAGCCACUGGUCUGCAUCAGUCGCCUGUGGCCAGCCGUUGGCUACGACACCCGAUUCCUCAACAAGACGUUGCUGCCCGACCUGAUGGCCAACUUUCCGGCGGGCGGAUCGGUGAAGCAGCUUAUGCACUACUUCCAGGGCUACGUGUCUACCAGAUUCCGGCAGUACGACUACGGUCCCGAGCGGAACUGGCUGCACUACCAGCAACUGGAACCACCGGAGUACGCGCUGGAGAAGGUGUCCACGCCAGUCACGGUUUUCUUUUCGGAGAACGACUACAUCGUGGCGCCGGCGGACAUCUGGCGACUGCUCACCCGGCUGCCCAACGUGGAAGCCGUGUACAAGGUUCCGUGGAAGCGGUGGAAUCACUUUGACUUCAUCUGCGGACUGGGGGUCAGGGAGUACAUCUUCGACAACAUCGUUAUCUCCAUGAACCGCUACGAGCAGCGGCGACGCUGAGAGAAACGCGCGAUGAAAGCCAGGAUGCCGGCGGAGAAGGAUCACAGCCAGAACUAUCACUAGUGCCAAAAACAAAUUGUAGAAUUACGAAACGGAGUCCGCGUUGAUCAGGCUAGAUCAACCCUGGAUUAUGUACUGAUUAAUAAAUAAAUAAUUUAUAGUUUAGACCAAAUAAAAAUCCAAAUCUUUUAAUGGCUAAAAAGUCAA